ACGAGAAUCUAUAUAGGGAGGCAAAAAUUUGUUUUUGUCGGUUUUGUUGUUGCCGAGUCUUCGGUUUUUCGCUUAAAAAUAUUUCGCACCGAGAAAAGACUUCGCGAUCAGUGUUUGUAAUUGUGUCAACCGUUUUUAAGUCAAUGCUAAGAAUUCACGAUAUGGAAUCAGGAUAGCAUAUCGGACAACGCAGCUAAAUGCCUAAUCGCGAAAUUGUUUACAAAAGUUUUGUUUUUUACCCGUUCAUGUGUCUGUGAACGUGAACGUGAAUGUGGAUGUGCAAGUGGCUAAGUGUGUGUGAAUGUACCCGUGAGCGUGUUAUAUUAAUUCUUUAACCAGAGAAUCGACGACGAUCGCGAUUCUGAAAAUCGAUUGAACAACACAUCCACUUACUGAUUAUUAAAAACACAAGAGAUUCCCAAAGAAGGCGGCAUGCAAAUGUCGUGCAAAAGAAAAAGAAAUUUUGCAUAGCGCAGCGAGACAAUCCAUCGAUUGAGAUACAGAUACCAGCGAUCGGUGAAGAAGAAGAGCGAUAAUCCAAAGAUAUAACCGAAAGUAACCAAAUGGCCACGAACUGCGACUUCCUCGAGGAGCAAGUGAAGCAGCAGCCGCUGGCCAAUGCCAAUGCAGUCAUGGUUGUCCAGGAGGAGAAGACCCAGCAAGUGGACAAGAAGGAGGAGGACGAUGCGGUGGAGAAGCCAGCUGGCAAUCCACCCAACUACCAGCAGUUCGCUGGCGAGGAUAGUUUCGAGUGCGCCUUUGAGUCCACCAUGGAUGAUCUAGAACAGGGUGUCCUGGAUGGCUAUGAAUCGGAUUCGGAGGCGAGUGCCAACGAUCAGAUAACGGACUCCGCUUCCUCUGGCAGCCUUGGACAGGUGGUGCAGCAGCGGGAGGAGCGGAUGAGGGGACUCCCCGGCUCACUCCAUGGCCAGCACAUCGAUUCCGAGAUGCUGAAGUGCCUGCCCCGUUCGAAUUCCUUCGACUUUCACAGCAGCAGUGGCAGCAGCAGCGACGAUGAAGACGAUCCCGAUGACGACGACGAUGACCACGACGGGGAUGAGGUGCACCAUAGCUUGGGACUCACACUGAGUGGCAAGUUCGCCAAGGUGGAUCUCUAUUCGGGUCACCAGCGACCGGGUUACCUGCUACCUCCUUACAUCGAACGAAGACGAUUGUCGCAGUGUAAAGAGGAAGAUGACGAGGAUGAGGGCGACAAGUUGGGUGGUUCCGCCACUGGGGAAGUCAGCAAACAUGAGAGAGCUUCCAAGGCGCCACCCAGACCCCCAACCCCGCAGGAUGAAGCCUCGAAGGAGAAGUUCAAGGAUCUGGAGCGACUGAGGCAGCAGUUUAUGCACAAGAUCGAUAGGAUAAACACGCGGAACAUCGAGGAGAACGAGGCACCACCUCCGCCUCCGCCGCCACCGCCUCCCAUUCCAGCCACGAUUCUACCAAAGGCUCUGAAGGCAUUGCUCCACACCCAGGAAUCAGUGACGCCUUCACCACCUGUAAAUCCAACCAGUCCUGUGGAGGGAACAGCUACUCAAGUUGUAGAGAAGGAAGUUCCCUCUCCUGUUGUCCAAGAACCCGUUUCCCCACUUCCGCUGCCCUCGGAACCCCCGCUGAUCAUCAAGGGCAAGUUCAAGGUUACUCUAGCCCAAGAAACCCCUGAACUUCGAGUGGAGGCCCAGAAACUGAGCAAACUGAAGGCUAGCUCCAAUGCACACACAAUCAGCUUCCCCUCCAGUUUCGGAGGCUAUUCCUCCGUGCAGGGAUUGUUCUCCCAGAGGUACGGCUCCAAUCGCUUCCCAGUGGCCGCUCCCCAUCUGUCCAAGCAGUUCUUCGAGCCCUCGCUGGUGGAGAUCCGCACUCCGGCCCAGAGCAAUGUGUCCUUGAACACCGCUGGCUUGGCCAACAGCAACCACCAAAGCCUCACUUGUGAUACAAAUAGUUUAGCCAACAAGCCGCGAACGCCCAGCGAAAGGGAGCUGGAUGAGAUUUGGAUUCGCAGGCAGGAUGGUGGAGGUGGUAGUAGUGCUACUCCUGGCACUCCUCCCUCAUUUUUGCAGCAGCAGCAACCGCAACAGCAGCAGUCGCAGCAGCAGAGACCUGUAUCCUUGGGAGGAGCAUCCACCAUGCCUCGUUUGCUGAGGAACGAGAGCGGCGCCUCCACCACGAGUCCGUCGCGUCAGCUCACCAACUCGGGAUCCGUCUCCGUUUCUGUCUCCGAUGAUGAACAGGAUGGCAGCCUCGGAGGAGCCGGCAGGAUGCCGGGAUCCCGACCUUCCAGCGCCCCCGCAGAACCAAAUGCCAAGGCAGCCAAGAAGGCCUACAAAAAGAUGGAGAAGGAGCAGCGCCGCCAGGAGAAGGAGCAGUCGCGGCGGGAGAAGGAGGCCCGCAAGCUGGAGCGCGAAACCGCGAGGAGGAUCGAGCGGGAGGCGGCCAAGCUGGAGAAGAUCAACCGACACAGCGAGAAGAUCUCGCGCAGCACCGAGCGAAUGGCCAUGGCGGGAGUGGCGUCCCGAUCCGGAUCCCUGGAGCGGAGGCGAAGUGGCGAGGAUUCGCCGGUGCUCAACCAGUCGACGGUGCACGGAAUAGCCUCGCCCAACCGAAGACCCACGAUCUUCGAUGUGUUCCGACCGCGGGCGAAAUCGGAUGCCAAGCGGCAGAAGGAGAAGCACCUCCUGGAUCCCUCCUCCGCCGACAGCAGUGCCACCAGCAGCACCUACUCCGUUUCCGGCGGCACAGCUCCCGUUUCGAGCGGUGGAGCCGGAGCAACUGCAGCUGCAGGAGGAUCGGGAGGAAGUGGAGCUGCCGGAGGAGCAGCGGGUGGCCUUAUGAACUCCAUGAAGGUGGCCAUGCAGAACUUCAGCCACCGACAGCAUCCGGCGGUCACGAUAACGAGCGCCGACGGCACACAGUCCACCGCGAAGAGCAAGUACAAAGACGGUAGUGCCCAUCCGCACCAAGGCAGCGAUGCGCAGUAUUACCACACGGUGACGGCGGUGAGGCCCAAUGCCACCCAGCGAUCGCCCAUGACCAAGGUGAUGGAUCUGUUCCGACAUCGAUCCAGUUCAGUCGUCAGCGAGGCCGACAAGCGGAAAGCGCGCGCUGCGGCACAUCAACAACAGUUGGCUGUCCAAAGUGCUCAUAUGCGUCGUGCCUCUGCGGAUUUGGAGAAACGACGAGCUUCAGUUGGCGCCGCAGGUCGAGGGCUGCGAGGAGAUGGUACCUUAGAUCCCCACCACGCAGCCAUCCUAUUCAGAGACUCCAGAGGGUUGCCUGUUGCUGAUCCGUUCCUUGAGAAAGUAAACCUAUCUGACCUGGAGGAGGACGACUCACAGAUCUUCGUGAAGUUCUUUCGCUUUCACAAGUGCUAUGAUCUGAUACCCACCUCCGCCAAGUUGGUCGUCUUCGACACCCAGCUCCUCGUGAAGAAGGCCUUCUACGCCUUGGUCUACAACGGCGUAAGGGCGGCUCCGCUCUGGGAUUCGGAGAAGCAACAGUUCGUGGGCAUGCUAACGAUCACUGACUUCAUCAAGAUCCUGCAAAUGUAUUACAAGUCGCCAAACGCCUCCAUGGAGCAGCUGGAGGAGCACAAGCUGGACACGUGGCGAAGUGUACUGCACAACCAGGUGAUGCCGUUGGUCAGCAUCGGGCCGGAUGCCUCCCUCUACGAUGCCAUCAAAAUUCUCAUCCACAGCCGCAUUCAUCGCCUGCCCGUCAUCGAUCCGGCGACCGGCAAUGUCCUCUACAUCCUGACACACAAACGCAUACUGAGGUUCCUCUUCCUAUACAUUAAUGAAUUACCAAAGCCCGCGUACAUGCAAAGGAGUUUGCGCGAACUGAAGAUCGGCACCUACAACAACAUCGAGACUGCCGACGAGACGACGAGCAUCAUCACGGCGCUCAAGAAGUUUGUGGAGCGACGCGUCUCGGCGCUUCCAUUGGUGGAUUCCGAGGGACGGCUCGUCGAUAUCUACGCAAAGUUUGAUGUGAUUAAUCUCGCUGCUGAGAAAACCUACAACGAUCUCGAUGUGUCGCUGCGCAAGGCGAACGAGCACCGCAACGAGUGGUUCGAGGGCGUGCAGAAGUGCAAUCUGGACGAGUCGCUCUACACGAUCAUGGAGCGCAUCGUGCGCGCCGAGGUGCAUCGGCUGGUGGUGGUGGACGAGCACCGCAAGGUGAUCGGCAUCAUCUCGCUGUCGGACAUCCUGCUCUACCUGGUGCUGCGGCCGAGUGGCGAAGGCAUGGGUGGCUCGGAGAGCUCGCUCCGCGCCACCGAUCCCGUCCUGCUGCGCAAGGUGGCCGAGGUGGAGAUUCCACCGACGGCCGCCACGACGACGACAACGCCCCCGCCUCGCAGUCCAUCGGCCGGAUCCGGCAACCGCAGCCUGAUCGAGGACAUACCCGAGGAGGAGCCAGCGCCGCCGAGGAGCGACGACGCCGACAGUGAUAACAACAAGUCCGCCAGUGAGGACAAGGCCAACAACAAUCAGCACGACCAGACGACGACGACGACAACGGCGGCAACGGCGACGGCCAAUGGUGAUAGCAGUAAUAGUCCCGUGGAAGUGUCCUUCGCCGACGAGGCGCACGAGGAGGAGGAGGAGGCCGCCGACCAGGUCGAGCGCAGCAAUUGUGAUGACGAUGAUGAUCAGGCGGCGGUCCUGGCGGAGAUCGAGCGCAAAAAGGCAUCCGCGAGAGCGUCCGACGAGGACGACGAUGGGCUGAGCAGCGCCGUGUCCGCUGCCUCCGCUUUGGGCCAGUCACUGACGCCCGCGGCGCGAGAAAUGGCGUUGGUUAGUGAAUAAUAAGCCCCUUAAUUUAAACACAAGCUAAACAGAUACAGCUGCAACAACAGAAACAAACAGAAGCAAAACAAAACAAAACAAAACAAAAACAAUUGCUAAACAAGAACUAAGAACCCAAAACAAAACAAAACAAAACAAUAAUGAUAAAGCAGAGAAAAUUAUAUUUGAAUAUUAAUAGUUGUUAAGGAUAUAUUAUUACAAUUAUGAAAUAUUAUGUAUUUUACAACAAGCAACUAAAAGCAAAACAAAAACAAAAAGCUGUUAACAAGAUGUUUAUAUAUACACACAAGAGAACGAAAACAAAACAACAAAUUACAUUAGAAUGUCUUUAAAUUUUAAACGAUGUAAUUGAUUAUUAUAUGAUAGUACAGUACAAGUGAAAAA